AUGAGGAUGGAUCGACGGUUGCCAGAAUUUACAAGAAUGGUAGCCGAGCCAGAUAUCGCAAAUUAUUUAGAUAUCAUGAGUUCUACUUCACAAAAACACAGAAACUUUGUGUCGGAGCCUAUGGGUGAAAAGCUUGUGACUGAGCUUGCAGGAAUUGGUCCAGUCCUGGGGGAAAGAUUGACCGUGAAGGGCUUUGACAAGGCCUAUACUGUGUUGGGCCAAUUCCUUCUUCUGAAGAAAGAUGAAGAAAUGUUUAUGGAAUGGAUUAAAGACACAUGUGCAGCUAACAAGAAGCAGGGAUCAGAUUGUCACAAUUGUUUAAAAGAAUGGUGUGAUGCUUUCCUGUAA